AUGACUCCAGAGGCCCCUUUGGGGCGUUGGACUCAGACUCAAACCCGGUGCACAACCGUUAAGUCUUCUAAACAACCUGGUCACUCAACUUUCGGCUCCUCACCCUCGGAGGCAGCAGAGGCAGAGUUGAAAUGCUUGUCCACAAACUGCCUCAGCCUUUUCAACAAACUCGGCGAUGUUAAACACCCUUCGAGUCCCUUUGAAGAUGACCAAUUCCUCAUACAAACCCUUGGGCAACUCUCCUCCAAUUACCAGUUUACUCAUAUCCUGCUGGUAGGUGACUUCAACGGCCCAAAGGCCUCCUGGAUUGCACUCCAGGGCGUCGAAUUAGGCGGACCUUUUGCAGCGGCGCUGUUAGAAGUCGUUCGACAGAACGCUUGGACCCAACAUGUCGCUGCACCCACCAGAUACCGCCCAGGCCAACUACCAUCCCUCUUGGAUUUGGUCAUCACCAACGAAAGACACUUCGUUGAUCAGUCUAAAAUAAAACCAAAGAAAACAAGGAAGCUGCGUGGACAUGUGAGCCAUGGGCACGGCCGCGUUGGAAAACACAGGAAACACCCCGGAGGCCGUGGGAAUGCUGGCUUAGAACAUCAUCACCGUAUCAACAUGGACAAAUACCACCCUGGAUACAUCGGGAAAGUCGGAAUGCGGCACUAUCACUACAAAAAGAAUCCAUACUUUUGCCCCGCAAUCAAUAUAGAGAAAAUAUGGUCACUCGUCUCUCAAGACACUUAUGAAAAGUACAAGAGUGACGGGGACGGCAAAGCUCCCGUCAUUGACUGCGUAAAAAAGGGCUUGUGCUUCGCUUUGGUCUUCAGAGAUGAGGGCGAUAUCAUCUGCGUACCCCAAAUCGACAAGGCUCUCACCAGCAACAAUUUGAACACCGGAGUUCUGAAGGCCGUCCAGUGUUCGCCUCAUUAUUUCACCAAUGGCAAAGUUGAACAAAAAUGGAGAGAGUGGACAUCCUUGUCUGACACGAGUUUUUGUAGGGAAGCUUUUGGAGAGCUCACUAUACAGUCACCUACCCAGAAGUAUGUGAAUAUAGGGAUCAGAUUUUGUUUGCAAACUUCUGGAGCAAGUUUAGUUAGCAGCACUGACCGAUCGACAGAAUCAAACGCACCCUUGGAGUCAAGGGGUACCAGAGUUGUGGGUCGUCUGCACAUGUGGCGUUGCUCUAACGCCUGA